GUUAGCGGAAAGCGCUGGACGUGCCUUGUCAACUGCUGGUCGCCCGACACGCUGGGAACCGAGGUCGACUACCACUGGGAUGUCACUCUGCCGGCCAGCUACGGGUACGUGGCUCACCGGAGCCAGAGCAAAGAGAUCAUCGUCAGUUUCCGCGGCAGCACGAUCCUGAUGGACUGGAUCCAGGACUUUAGCUUCCUGCCUGUGUCCUGGCCCAAGAGCAUCGAGGGCUCCAAGGUCCACAACGGAUUCCUGUUCGGAUACACGGCCGCAGCCGACGGCAUCAAGAAGACCCUCAAGGAGCUUACUGCCAAGUACCCGGACUACAAGAUUGUUGUUACUGGGCAUUCCCUUGGUGGAGCCAUUGCUGCUGUGGCCACGGCCGACCUGCUUAUUUCGUUCCCCGAGUGGAAGAGCAAGAUGGAGCUGUAUACGUACGGCGAGCCGCGUGUCGGCAACCCUGCCUUUGCGCACUGGCUGUCGUCGCAGAACAUUCCGAUCUUCCGUGUCGUCAACCGUGGAGAUAUGGUCCCGCAGGUCCCCACCCGGUGGAUGAACUUUGAGCACCAUACCCAGGAGGUGUGGUACUCGGGUCGGAGCAAGGAUGCGCAGUUCUGUGGUGGCGAGUCGCUGGAGAACGAUCAGUGCCAGAACAGCCUGCUGCCGAUCCAGCUGAGCAUCAUCAACCACCUGCAGUACCCUGGCCUGAGCCCCUCGCUG